GUUGGAUGGCUCCUUUGCGGUGAAUGUGAGGAAGACAUUCCUCUAUUGAGGAGCUGGACUCUGCACUCCCGGGGCCUGCUCCAGCUGCAUGGAUCACAAUUGGAAUAGUUCGGCCAGAUACUCAGACGCCCAAGGACAAGUCUACUAAGCUGCCAUUCUCCUCUGAGAACACGUUGGACACUGUACAAACCCACUAGAUGUUGUCUGGGGCCAUGGUUGGACUAAAGCCCACAGAUGUACCUCCCACAACUGCUGUCAAGGUCCUAGGGGCUGGCACUGCUGCCUGCUUUGCUGACAUCUUCACCUACCCAUUGGACACAGCCAAAGUUCGUCUCCAGAUCCAAGGAGAAUCCCAGACAGAGCAGGCAAUUCAGAAUGUGCGAUACCGGGGAGUACUGGGUACCAUCAGGACCAUGGUGAAGACCGAGGGCCCCACCAGCCUCUACAAUGGCCUGGUGGCUGGGCUGCAGCGCCAAAUGAGCUUUGCCUCCAUCCGAAUUGGCCUCUAUGACUCUGUCAAGCAGUUCUACACGCCCAAAGGAGCAGAAAACUCCAGCAUCAUCGUUCGGAUCCUGGCAGGAUGCACAACAGGAGCCAUGGCUGUGACCUGUGCUCAACCUACCGAUGUGGUGAUGCGUUUCCAGGCCAGUGUCCGACUAGGACCAGGAAGCAGCCAAAAAUACAGCGGGACAAUAGAUGCCUACAGGACAAUUGCCAGGGAGGAAGGGAUCAGGGGCCUGUGGAAAGGAACUUUGCCCAACAUCACCAGAAAUGCUAUUGUCAACUGUGCUGAGAUGGUGACCUAUGAUAUGAUAAAGGAGUCACUGAUAGACCACUGCCUGAUGUCUGACAACUUCCCCUGCCACUUUGUCUCAGCCUUUGCAGCCGGCUUCUGCGCCACGGUUGUGGCUUCCCCUGUGGAUGUCGUGAAGACCCGAUAUAUAAAUUCUCCUCCUGGCCGCUACAGUAGCACCUUGAACUGUAUGCUGAAGACUCUGAGGCAGGAAGGCCCUACAGCCUUCUACAAGGGAUUCACUCCUUCCUUUCUUCGUUUGGGAUCUUGGAAUGUGAUGAUGUUUGUGACAUAUGAACAAUUGAAACGGGCCCUGAUGAAACUCCAGAUGUCCUGGGAAUCUUCAUUGUAACCCAAAAGAGAAGAUUAUUGGAAUAUGGAAAACAUAAGACUGAUUAUGUAAAUAUAUACGUAUAUAUGAAGACAGAGAGAGACAGAGAGAGAGAGAGAGAGAGAGAGAGAGAUAAAUAUUUAUGUUUGCUUGCUGCCAGACCUUAAGAAAUACCCUUUCACAGAUUGAAACUUGAAAAAAUGGAAGAAGAAAAGGUAGAUAAGAAGGAAGUUUCCUACCUUGGAUACUCUGUCUUAGGAACAGCCUUGUCAUACAUUGACAAGAUAAAAUCAUAAAUUAUAUUAAUUUUUUGAAAAAUAUCAAGGUUGAUGCCUAAUAUUUAGGCAAGAGAAGAUAAGGUCAAGCAGACCUACUUGGGAAAAUCAAAAGGUAUGGUGGAUGUAUCCUGGACAUUGGUUUAGAAAAUUAAUUGAGAGCAGUUCAAGAGACUUUAAGCAAAGAAAGAGAUGAAUAGGUAUUUAAGUUUCUACUCACUGGGGAAUCUAGGAUAUAGGUGGCAAUUUAUCAAAAUCACAGAAGCUCAGUGCUGGAAGGAAUGUCAAAUCACAUCUAAUCCAACCUGUAUCUGAACAGCAAUCCCCUCAAUAAAG